AUGGCUCGCCGCCAGGCAGUCCACCAGCUCCCGGCCUUUGCCGUCAUUGAGCACGAUGAUCGCCGCGGCGCCCUCUGGAUCGCCGCCAUCCUAAGCCUCAUUUUUGUCAGCACGACGCUCGGCGCCCGUCUCUACGUCCGCAAGCACAUGCUCGGCCGCGACGACUUUGCCAGCAUGGCUGCCGUCGCUCUGGCCGUCGCCCAAUACGCCUCGCUCUUUGCCGGCAUGCCCUCGGGUCUAGGCACCUCGAAGCUCGACGUGACGCAGGGCAACGAGCGCAAGAAUGGUUCGCUCCUUCUCACCUCGCAAGCCGUCUUCAUAUGCGGCCUCUACAUGGCCAAGUUUGCCGUGCUCCUCGCUACCGAGCGCCUCCUCGCCGCCACCAUGAAGACGGUCCAGCGCAUAUGCGUCGUGAUACGCGCCGCCCUCGCUGCUGCUGCCCUCGCCUCGAUCCUCCUUAUUACCGUCGACUGCUCCGCCAACGGGCUGCUCUCUACACACAGCCAGCGCCGCUGCGGCGGCCUGGGCCGGCGCUGGGUCAUUGUUUCGCUCCUCGACGGCGUCACGGAGCUGGCCAUUCUCUGCGUAUUUUACGGCCUCGUCUGGUCGCUGCAGAUGAGAACCCCGCGCAAGUGGAUGCUUACCAUUCUACUCGGGCUGAGAUUACUUUGCCCCGUCUUCACCGGCAUCUACACCGCGGCAAUCAAGUCGUAUUCUAGAAGCCUCGAUCCAGCGGUGCAGGUCAUGUCGCCGCUCGUUUGGCAGCAAAUCGCCUUGGGCUACUCCCUCAUCGCCGCGCUCCUCAUCGCUCUCAUUCCCUUUCUGCGGAGCUUCCACACGGGCAUGGUUAUGAACGUGGCCAACAUGAGCACCGGUGAAUGGGGCGGCAGCUCGGCGCGCUCCCGCGAUAAUGGCUACCGCCUCAAGAAUCUGUCCAAGAACGCAAGCACCAACACCAACACCGGCGGCGACGACGUCAGCGGCAGCAGCAGCAAGCUGAAAAGUGUGCCCCUGUCCAAGACAGAGGUGGUGACGAGGCCCACGUCGCAGUCAGGCGACGUGCCUGCGGCGGCGGUAGCGUGGCGCAGCAAGAGCCGCUCCGACGAUGGGAGCAGUGGUGGCGGCUCGACGGACGGAGCCCAGGCGGCGACGACGUUGACCAAGACGCCGACGCCGCCGCCACCGCCGCAGGACCCGUUGGUGAUUCAAAAGACGGUGGACUGGUCUGUGCAGUACGAGGAGGGCGAGGCGGGGGGUCUACAGCACCCCGGCCUGCCCAAGUAUCUGCACUGUCAGACCAAAUACCGCUAA